AUGUCUCUUCCAUUGAAAUACGAAGUCACCUUGCCCGACGGGCAAAAGUACAAACAGCCUUCUGGUUUGUUCAUCAACAAUGAAUAUGUCAAGUCAGAGAAGGGCAAGAUCAUUGAGUCCAUCAACCCAUCCACUGGCGAGAUCAAUGGUUCCGUCUAUGCUGCUGAGAAGGAGGAUGUGAAUGAUGCCGUCAAGGCUGCCAAGAACGCAUUCAGUGAGUGGAAGAAGUACACUGGUGUCCAGAGAGGAGACUUGUUGUACAAGUUUGCUCAAUUGGUGGAGAAGGACAUUGAGUUGAUCAACACUAUCGAGGCCUGGGAUUCUGGUAAGACCAAGGAGCAGAACGCCAAGUUCGAUGUGGCCGAGUUCGUCAGCGUUUUCAAGUACUACGCCGGUUGGGCCGACAAGAUUACCGGUAAGGUUAUCCAGAACGACCCCAGAAAACUCGCCUACACCGUCCACGAGCCAUUCGGUGUCUGUGGUCAGAUCAUUCCUUGGAACUACCCAUUGCUUAUGGCUGCUUGGAAGUUGGCUCCAGCUCUUGCUGCCGGUAACGUUGUGGUUUUGAAAACCUCCGAAAUUACCCCAUUGUCGCUCUUAUUCGUGGCCAAGUACUUCAAGGAGGCUGGUUUCCCUCCUGGCGUCGUCAACAUUAUUUCUGGUUAUGGUGCCACCGCCGGUUCGGCCUUGGCUAGCCACAAGGACGUCGACAAGAUCGCCUUCACUGGUUCCACCGCUACUGGUAAGAUUGUGUCUGAAUUGGCCACCUCCAACAUGAAGGCGGUGACGACGGAAUUGGGCGGAAAGUCGCCUUUGAUCAUCAGAGAAGACGCCGAGUUGGACCAGGCCGUCAAGUGGGCUGCCAUUGGUAUCAUGUCCAACCAGGGCCAGAUCUGUUCUGCCACAUCGAGAAUCUUGGUCCACGAGAAGAUCCACGAUGCGUUUGUCAAGGAGUUUGUGGCCCACAUCAAGUCUGACUACAAGCAGGGUGACGUUUUCAACGACCAGGCCGUCGUUGGUCCACAGGUUUCCCAGGGCCAGUACGAGAAGGUCUUGGGCUACAUCAAGGUCGGUAAAGGCGAGGGCGCCAAGGUCGCCUUGGGUGGUGAAGCCAACGCUGCUGCCGGCAAAGGGUUCUUUAUCCAGCCUACUGUUCUUACCGACGUUCAGCAAACCUACAGAGUUGCUCGUGAGGAGAUCUUCGGUCCUGUCGUCACUGUGAUCAAGUACUCCUCCGACGAAGAGGCCAUCGAGAUGGCCAACUCCACCGAGUACGGUUUGGGUGCCGCUGUCUUCACCACCAACCUUGUCAAGGCUCACCAGAUGGCCUCGGACAUCCAGAGUGGUAUGGUGUGGAUCAACUCGUCAAACGACACCGACAUGCACGUUCCAUUCGGUGGAGUGAAGCUGAGUGGUAACGGUCGUGAAUUGGGUGAAUACGGCCUCACUACUUACACCCAGGCCAAGGCCAUUCACGUGAACAUGGGCACCCGGUUGUAA